AUGUUUGCUGGGAUCGCAACUGAGGGAAAAAUACAACCAGAACAACAGCUAAGGAAGAGGAGGAGAAACGACUACAUUGACGGAAUUGCUGUAGAUGGGUUUGAAGGAGUGAAGGAUGUUUUUAUGAAAAAUUUUACGGAUAAAUUGGAACACGAUGGAGCUGCACUCGCUGUAUAUCACAAAGGAAAACUUGUUGUGGAUUUGUGGGGUGGAUGGGCUGAUCGAGCGAAUGGUCGAAAUUGGACUCGAGAAACAAUUACAAACAUUUUUAGUUGCACAAAAAGUGUGGCAGCAAUUUGCAUGGCGUUAAAAGUAUACAACAAAGAAUGUGACUACUCGGAUAAAGUUAUAAAAUAUUGGCCGGGAUUUGGUCAGAACGGAAAGCAUGAGAUCACUAUCGACAUGAUCCUCACACAUCGAGCUGGACUGCCAUAUUUCGAAGAAGAAAUUACAUUGGACGAAGCAAGAGACCCAAUGAGAAUCUCGAAGCUGAUUGAGGAGGAGUGUCCAAAGUACCCGCCAGGAUCGAAGAUCGCCUAUCAUCCCAUAACAUUUGGAUGGUUACUCGAUCAGGUGUUCUGUCGGAUUGACGGGCAACACCGUAGCAUAGGAGAUUUUUUCCGCGAUGAAGUCCAGCAAAAGCACAACACAGACGUCUACAUAGGUUCAUGUGUUGAACAAGAAAGUAGAAUCGCAAAGCUGUCACCGUUGAAAGGCACAGCUUUUCGGGAUCGGGUGCACGACCGAAGGAUAUUCUCUAUGGGUAAUAUCUUGCAGUGCAGGAGUUCCAGUUUAGCAGGAGUUAGGAGACCAACACCGCUAAGUGAGAGCAUUGAGAUGUUCAACAAUCCAUUAGUGCGAACAUUUGGACAACCAGCUGUGAAUGGUGUGGCAAGCGCUCGUGGACUAGCACUUCUACAUCAGAUUUUCAUGGAUGGAACUCUUGUUUCACAAGAAUUUUUCAAAACCUUUCGACAACCGCAAUACGAGAAUUUUUUCGACCAUACAAUUGGUGAAGAGGAAAGUAAAGGGCAUGGUUUCGUCUAUUGUAGAAGUCCAACGGGAUCAUGGCAGAUUGGACAUCCAUCGAUGGGUGGACAGUGCAUUCGAAUGGAUCCAGACAACGAAUUAGUGAUUUCCUAUGUAACAAAUGCACUUAAAGCUGGACUUGGCAAACAUACGCUCACCUAUAACAAUCUGCAUACGAAAAUCUAUGAUGUAUUAGUUACAAAGAAGUAA